AUGACGCCUACGUCGGGGGUGAAGCGCCACUGCGCCAGCUCCUCAAACAGCACGCUGGACGUGCGCGCCCUCGGCGAGGAGUACUUCGAUAACCACGAUCGGGACCGCGUGUACCAGGAGAUAUACGGAUACCUAUAUGCCAACUGCAACCCGCACAAGGCCAACCAGCUGAUCAUCGAGUAUACAGGUAACACCGGACUCUGCACCACCAAGUGGCUGGAGGAGACCAUCGCCUUCAAGUGUUACGAUUGCGAGUCGGACAGCACGUGCGCAAUAUGCGUCAGCUGCUUCUUCAGGUCGAACCACGAUGGGCACAAGUACAGGCUGACGAGGACGUCGGGGGGCUGCUGCGACUGCGGCGACAACGGUUCGUGGGACCCCAGCGGAUCCUGCUCCAAGCACAACUCGCCGCUCACCAUGGCGGACGAAUGCCGGCUGCUGGAUCUCUUCAGCCCCGAGUUUUUGGCGCGUCUGAGAGACACGCUGCGGCAGAUAUGCGCGGCCAUCACUGCCUACAUGCGGAACCUCGACCCUGUUGAGGAGUCGUUCUUCUUGCUGCUUCUGACGUUACUGGACGACCUGCUCAAGGUCACGCCUGCGUUUAGGUACGCGUUUUACGAGGUGAUGCUGGAGGAGGACCUCACGGUCUGGGUCAGGAAGCACCAGCUGCUCUCCUCGGAUGUGCGCAAAACGUUGAACUCGCUAUACCUGACCAUGGUCACGUCGAUGGCGUUCAAGGUGCUAUUUUCGAAAGUAUACGUGCAGCAUUACGGGGAUAUUGUGGAGCCGUACAGGGAACCGGAAGAAUGGCACCUCAGCCACCUUUCCGUGCAGCUGUUCACAUACUCGCACAUUGCCACCCGAGAGGUGAACAAUGGAUUCCUCGAGGUAUGCGUGCAGUGCCUGCUGGACCACCACCUGCGUGAUGGGCGCCUGGACACGCUGCAAUUCCCGCGAUUUGACCGACGGCUAUUCAGCUUCUAUCUGCUCGUCCUGAGCGACUUCACGUAUCUGAUGAACCAUGAUGUCGUUGUGAAGCAGGUGCUGAAGACGCCCAGUCUUUACGCCACGCUGUUCAAACUGCUCAGCUGCAUGCAAAUGAUGAACACAAUCCAACAUGCAAAAGAUCAGCACGUCCCUUUUGAGAACUCCGGGUACGUCAUCGCCUUCACCAGCGAGCACACCCUCCACACGGCGCUGCGCCCGUUCUCGGAGAACUGCAAGUCAGACCUAACGGCCGCCAUUCCGUUCUAUAAGGAAGUCAACAAGUGCAUGAAGGAUAAUUUGAAGAUGUGGGAAUUUAAAAGCUUGAAAUUAUGUAGGACCUUCCAUAUCCCCUUCAUCAGGUUCUUCGCCAGCAUCGUCAACUUCAACCACAUUCGCCAGUUGCACGCAUCGUCCCUGGCUGCUGACGUGAUCAGAGGGGACCCUCUGGUUAACGCGUUCGACGACGAGGUGCUGCUGUACGUGAUCAGGACCACGGUGUCAACGCUGCGCUUCGCCCAGGAGGUCAAGACCAACCUGUGGGUGUACAACGGGGAGUCGAUGCACGACCAGCAUGACCACUAUCGGCAGGUGAUAUUGGUCCAGCUGGACUUGGUGGCAGUGCAGGCUGCGGUGGCGCUGCUAGGUCUGCGGCGCCGUGCCGGCAUCACGGACGUUGAUCCGCUGCUCGUGCUGCACAAAGAGGCCUUCAGGAGAAACAUUAUUUGUCGUAAUGGUAGUUUAGUGCGCAUGCAGUGUACUCCGGGUGAUGGCGUCUUCCGUGCCACCUUCUUCAUGCACCUGAUUAACGUGGUGCUGCACGACGUGAAGCACCUGGAGAAGCUCUCGGUGCCGCGAAACAACAAGGACCCCGAGUACGUGCGGCGCGGAUACCCGCUAGUAGUGAUGGACGUGGCGUCGGCACUAUCCAUGGGGCGGAGCGAGUUCGGGGACAUCACGGGCAUGGUCGACUCGUACUGGCGCCACCACCCGCAGAUCGCCGACGCGGUGGAGAGCUUGGCCACCGUCAACUAUUCGCAGCUGACCGACAAGGCGUACAUGCGCCCCAAGAGCGAGUCAUACCGCCUGGUCGACGUUAUUUGGAACCCGUACAGCAACGCCUCCGAGAUCUCGAUCCCGCAAGAGGUGCUCAAGCGCGGUACCGCCGGUAUGCUGGGCCCGCCGCGCAGCUCCGCCUUCAUGCAGCCCGAAUACUACGAGGCGCAGGAUGCGAUACUGAACAGCCUGGGGUCAAAGGAGUGCUUCAACGUGGCCUGGCAGUUCAUGGAGGGGCUGUCAAAUCUGUCAUCUCAUUCAAGAUAUAAGGAAAUGGAAGUAGAUGGCGAAACUACGUUCCACAACGCCUCCGAUGAUAGAGAGUGCUACUUCGACGUGGUCGGUGAGCCGAGGCAAUACUACCGCAGCCGCAUCAACUGGUGGGGGCCCGUAGGCACCAAGUGGAACGAGGCCGUCCUGUGUGCGCUCAAGACUUUUUGCCUGCUGAUGGAGACAUCGCAGCACAUCAACGAGGAGAACGCGCCGAGGUUAGUAGAGAUAAUCGAGGCAGUAUCGGUGCGAAUGGGCGACGACCAGAUCAUCCAUGCGGCGCUGAAACAUGUGGCCCAGAAGCUGCGUGAUACAUUCAAGGUGCACCAAAAGGAGUCCAGUUCCGUAUCGCACGAGGACCGGGCUGAAGCGGUGAAGAAGCUCCAAAUGAAGUUCAUGGCGAGGAUGGUAGCGCAGCAGAAGAAGGUGCCACUGGGCGGCGUCGCAGAAAAACUGGAUGUGCCUUUAGAGGAAGGCACCAGCACGUUGUCUUCGAAGGGUGAAGCCAGGGACAAAAGUAUUGAGGAAGAGACUUGUAUUCUGUGCAAGCAGGGCAUGGACGAAUGGCGCCCCAUGAGCUUCAUGUGCCUGAUAUCAACUAAUAGCGUGUUGCGCCGCUGCAGCCAGUCGGCCACCGGUCCAUCCGUGUAUGCCCGCGCCUCUCUCCCGCUGCGCUCGUCGAUGAUAAGCUGUUGUGGCCACCUAGUCCACACGCAGUGCAUGACGGAGCACCAAAUGAGGGAGGCGUCUGGCCAGCUCAUGCCGCUUUAUGGCAUCCAGCGCUCAACCAACGAGUUCUUCUGCCCGAUAUGCAAGUCGCUGUGCAACUACAUGCUCGAGUACAUCCCGGAAAGCAAGAAGUUGAGGAAGGGAAAGCUGGGUAAGAAGACCAAACUGAACACGCUUUGUAUGGCCACGUGGCGCUAUGCCUUCUGCGCCAAUUGGCUGCCCUCGCCCGUUCACGCGCGGUUCAACAUAAACCCGCACGUGAUGUACACCUUCAACGUGGUGCUGCCGCACAACGACGUACAGGCUGCGCCUAUCCAGGGCCGCAGCUUCCUGGAGGAUCUGGGCGUGGCGGACACGCAGAGCUACGAAAUGUGCUGCACCAAGUGCAUCGAGGCUGAUGUCUCCGUGGAGUACCGGAAGAAGUGCAAAACUCUGAGCUAUCGCAGGAAAUUUAAGCCGCCUGAGUUCGACCGUUCCGGCGUCAUCCGCCAACUGGAGCAGUGGCUGUCGUGCAGGCCCUCCAAGAGGCGGCAGCUAGGGCGGCUUUUCGACGUUGACCCCGACUACACCUACCCGCACGCCAUGACAGGGGAAUACUGCAGAGGUGUGUUCUCGGGCCAGCGUUGCCUCUACGGGGUGCAGAAUUGGCGCCACGUCGAUGCCGGGAUGCUGGUGGAUCCCAAAUUUUGGGUCCUGUACCACCACAUCCUGGCGACGUCCACGUGCCGCCGCAACCAGCUGACCGUGAAGCCGUCACUGCUGCAGCACCUGGUUAGCAACUUCUACGGCGUCGAAAGGCAGGAUUACCCCGUUGAUGAAUGUGGCGUUCCCUGCCAAUUGGAUGACAACUUCUUUGACAUGGCAGUGGAGGACUUGGCAGUACCGUUUCCACUGCGGUCUUCCAUGGAACCUGUGACGAUGACAACGACGCUUGUCGAGGCUCUUACUGACGACCAGGUACGCCAACUUGCUUCCGCACUCAAUUUCGAGCUUGUCGAAGAGGAGCCCAACCUUGACAAUUACAACGUCGAGAGUAAUGGGGGCAAACUUAAUUUGAACGUCACAUCCCCGUGGUCGAAGGAUGUAUUUCGGUAUUUCCUCAUGUUCUUCACGCACCGGGCCCCUACCCUGGAUCAAUGUUUGAAGCACCUGGCAAACUGCGUAGGGAUGCUAUCGCUGCAGGUGUUGGAACGCUUUGUGCUGGACGAUAUUAAGCGUUCCUUUGCCACGUUUGUGGACGUGGCAGCCGGUGUUGGCGGUAAUGGCGCUAAUGUGAGGGGACCAGGUGACUCACCUGACGCAACAAUGGUUGACAACACGGCAGCGGAGGCGCAAUCCGCCUCUAAAUACGGCAAGCUCCGGUUCAAGCGGCAGUUCCUCACCGCAUUGUAUGAGACCUAUGUGAAGCAACACGUGGAAAGUGCGGACAUGCCGGCCAACCUGAUAGAGCGAGUGAAGUGGUAUGGGCUUAAUGAACACGAAGCGGACUUCAGGUAUUACAACUACACCGGUCAGCUUUGUAUGGCUAGUGAUAUGGGCUCAUCGGGUGACGUGGCAUCUGCCGCGGGACUGGAAAAUGCCGAUGUUGCGGAAGACUCCUCUGUGAAAUCAGACCUGAUGGACGUUGAUCAACAAGCUGGUGAUGUGUCAAGUCACCCAACCACAGCUAAAGGUGGCGAUAUGGUGGUAGAUAACGCUGGUAGAAUGCACCGUAUCCCCUAUGCAACUGUUGAACAGAUAGGCCUCGACGCUCACACUGAUCUGGCACUAAAGCUGCAGAGUGUACACCGUCGCACCGUGGCCAUGCUCACCUACCCAAUCCCGGAACAACCCGACGGCGAGAUGGGGGCGCAAGUCAGGAAUUACCUGCACGCGGUAAUAGCCAACCUGCUGAAGGUGCGCACGGUUCACUCCCUUAUGGACAGCGGUGUGGACAGCACCGAAUUUGGGCUGCUACUCGAUGUGCUUCGGGAUGAUACCAAUGACUGCGAGGUGUCGCCUAGAGGGGAGUGCGACAUUGCGGAUAAGUUGUUCGCCGAGGGGGCCACCCGCAACGCCACCGAGGACAGCCCAGUGGAGCCCGAACGCCACUACCUGGGCACGGACUUCCUCCGACGCGUCAACGAGGAAAUGUACCGUGCGCACAGCAACUUUGCGUUUUUCGAGGUGUUGCGCCACCUGGUACCGGCGGAGUACCACUUGCUGGACUUUGUGGAUGUGGACGCACACAAGGAGUUGACCGAAAGCUCCACGCUAGACGAUCUUGUGCCCAUCAUCCGCAGUAUAGCGCAACGGGUAUACGCCCACGUGCGCGAGCGAGGGUACCUCCACCGCGACUUCGAGCCUGACAUGGAUGCCUUUGUCACCGGCCUCCUCAUGCACUUGAACCGGUUGUUGGACAUGUCAUUCUGGACUAUGUUCAGCGUUUUCGACGUGGACGAAGACGUGAAGACUAAGGUGUCCUACGCCCACCUGCACCCGCACGAAGUCAGGUUCGGGCUGCUGGCCGAGGUCAUUGACAUCAACAAGCACCUUCAACCUGUGCGGCAAAUCUGCGAGUACAUGUUCCAAAACAACGCGCGGAGGAAGCUGCAAUACGUGCGUGCGACGGGGCACGAGUCUGCCGCGCCACUGAUCACUGGGUACGACUAUAUCGACAUGGAGCGCAACCUGCCCAUGGGCGCCUGGGACCUGUUGCGGCAAACCACCUUCAGGGCGUGCCCGACGUGCGGCAGGACGCCGCCUAACCCGCUAGUGUGCGUGUUGUGCGGCUCGGUGGUGUGCCACCAUAGCAUCUGCUGCGACCGCAACAAGGGAGUGCGGGUGCUGCGCAUGCUCACCUCGCUGGAGCGCAGCCAUGUCGCGUUCCGCCCGACGGACCUGACGCACAUCUACAACGACGAGGUGCUGACGCACGCCAACACCUGCGGCGGAGGGCAGUGCGUUUUCAUUUCGCCGUUCAACUGCUUCCUGCUCUACCUCGACGAGCGGCGGCACUGCACGUCGCAGACGCUGUACUCCGACAAAUUCGGCAACAGGGACCUGCACGAGAGCGUGUACGGGCCGGUGGUGCUGUCGCGGACGCGCCUGGCCAACGUCGUUAACUCCUUCUGCCAGGGAAGGCUCGCGCACGAAAUCAUAAACAUCCAAAAGGAGGCAUCUCGGUGA